CCUGUAUAACUUGCCACCCUUUGCCACCCUCCCGGGCCGUACAGCGAUCGAGCAUCGAGCACGCCCAUCGAAUAUCGGGGCGAUCGAAAGAAAGGUUCGAUUCGAUAGGCAGCCCACAGCGCGGCUGCAGAUGGGAUUGAUGCAGCACUCGGUGUCUCCGCCCGCCCAGCUCAGCGUCCCUGCGACCCCUGCCCUGCGCAAGGCCCGAGGCUCGGGACCCGGGGGCGCUGGCCCCGGGGGGACAAGGGGGCGCACGAGCACGCGCACAAGGAUCGAUCGCCACGCCCUUGCUCCUGUCCUGUCCUGGCCCGCCGUAGGUACCGUCGCCGUGGUUCCUGGAAACGGCGGCAGCGACGGGCGACGGGAGGGCGGGGGCGCUGGCUAAACGCAGCCGCGCCCGCGACGUUUCUGCGCCCGCCCGCGUACGGGUGGCGGGGCCUGGGCCUGGGCAUAUGGGGGAGAGCUGCGCCGACGUCACUUUGUUUGGCAAUGAGAGGGUGAGGGUAUGUUGCAGCCUGACGCGUGGUGCGCUUAG